UGCACCGCCAACUCAGAGCGCGACGCUAUUUGACUCUCUCUCUCUCUCUCUCCUCUCUGUCGCUCUCUGCUUUCGCUCGUUGAAUGCUGACGAAUUGUGUGAUACGCCGAGCUCAUCUAGCGCAGAGAUUCGAAGGAGACGACCAUGGCUUGCCUGAGAACAAGUGAGGGCUUGCUGGAGCAGUUGACUUGACUAUGGGCGAUAUGGGUCCUGACCUAGAAGCUAGGGUCAAAUCGGAGACUCCGAUGGGCGGACCAGAGGCUGCACUGAAUGUACCAGUCGACAAGGAGAAUGGAACCAUUCCCCAAGAUCCUGAAGCUAAGACAAUGCGCUGUUUGAGUAACCGCGAGGACAAGGGCUUUGACAUGGAGAGUUUGCACGGUGCACAAAUGCUUGAUGGGGACAGGAAUUCCGAUGUUGACAUAAUUGAUCGCAAAAAUCUGGCUAAAGAAGGCCCAUGUGAAGGUGGCCAAGGGGAUACGACCGAAAAUUCCAGUUCAUUUGGUGAUUCAUCAUCUGGCUUUGAGAAUAAUUUAGCUAUGAGUGAUGGUGAAGUUGAGUCACAGUAUCUUGGUGGCAAUAUGCCAGGAUUACUUUAUCCUGAACAGAGUGAACCCUAUCCAACAAGGAAGAAGCUGACGGAUCACUGGAGAAGGUUUAUACACCCUCUUAAGUGGCGAUGUAAAUGGGUAGAACUGCGGAUUAAUGAGUUGAACUCCCAAGCACGAAAGUAUGAUAGACAACUGGCAGAGUACAACCAAAAGAAGGAAUUUAAUUUUGAAAGACCAGAAUCGCAAGAUUUUAAUGCAAAGUUCCUUGCAUUUUCUGGUCAACUCUCAAGAGAGAAAGUCAUGAUGAGGAGAAAAAGAAAAAGAGUUGAAGAGACACAGGAUAUGGCAUCAUAUAUGUCACAGCAUAACUUGUUCUCCUAUUAUGAUAGAAAGUCGCGUGCUGAUCAUAUUCCUAUGGAAAUUCGUCGUGGCAAUCACGUAGGUGAUGGUAUUGGUGAUUCACUUGAUUUUGGAGAUGGGGCAAAUUCCCUGGAGCAAAUACUUGCUAAGAUUGAGACAGCAAAGUCUCACAUAUGCAAGUUGAAAGCCCGAAUGGAUAAGGUGUUAAACGAAAAUCCUGGAAAGUUCUCUUCAGUUAAUAGGUUGAGCAUGCUACCACCUAAAGAUGAGUUCACCAGCUCUGGUAAAAAACAGGCAUCUCAUCGUGGGAAUGGACUUGUUUCUUCUUGUAAAUCUGUCUAUACCGGCGUCUCUGCAAGUAUCUAACGGCAAUGUAGACGAUAUACUUCUGCCUGAAACUGCAAAUUCAAUACUCGGUGAGGCGAUUCCUUUGCCCGAUAUCAUUGAGAGCACAAAUCAGACAUCUAGAGGGGUUUCUUGUGAUAAUACUAAGGAAGAAAUUCUGAUGAAUGAGCAGGCAGUGGAGGAAGAAACAUUUGAUGUAGAAGAGUUCAGAAAUCAGCUCAUCAUGGAGGAAAAGCCUGAGGAACCAUUGGGACUGCAUGAAACUGAAACCGACUCUCUGUUUUCGUCUUUGAAAUCUGAAACCGACUCUCUUGAAAAAGGAUCUAGUUUGAAAUCUCCUCCAAUUUGCAAGACCUAUGUACGUAGCAAACGGAAGAGGCGAAGUCGGCGAGCAGCUAUGCAACGAUGGAGCCGGAAAUCCUCGGGUUAGGUGAGGCUGCAGAUAGUUGUAACAGUUGGAGGAGUGUUUGUGAGAGAGAGGAAAGAUUAUAUAGUUUCUGCUUUUGGAAAGGUGAGCUGUAUAGAUUUGCGUAUUCUAAUUGUAUAUUCUCUGUUCAUCCUCUCCCUCUUCCCCUAUGGAUUUUAUAGUCUCUGGUGGAACUGGAAACACUUAACUGUUCAUUUGGAAGAUGGACAUGAAUCAAAUAGGCCUUGUUUUUCUUUA